AUGCCUACCUCAGGUGAGCAGUCGCAUUUUGGUGGCUCUCUGGGCCAGAGUGGACCUGAAUGGUCUGAAGGUGAGAACGAUAGGUCUGCAAGUCGCUGUCACUACUGCGGCACCAUUGCGGGCCGAAGGAAUUCUUUGCCAUUGUGUGGGGGAGACCGUGGAGGGUGGUUUCACCAUCACCUAGACGUCGGUGAGAAACCGGAUCCAGACCUCCAGUCCUCCCUGUACAGGAGGAUGCAGCAGGACCGGCAUGGGGAGCAGUCACUGAGGAAGAACUCUGUGCCUGAGCUAAGAAACAGCCUCUACCUCAGGCAACUGAUGGCAGGCCGGGCCUCUGCACCACCUCAGGAAUACUACCUGGCCGACGCUACCUUAUCUGGUCAGCUACCUGAAGAGUCUGGGUUUUAUAGGGAUAACCAGCACCUGCUCACCAGAUCAGCCUCGCAUUAUGGGCCUAGCCCUGGUGGGGUAAGACCUACCUGGGAUCAAGGACAGGCAAGGGCCACGCCCUCCAUGCUACCCUCCGCUUCAACGCCUACCCCCAUGCCUCCUCCCCCUCCGCCGCCUCCCCUGCCUCCUCCGCCACCUCCUCCCCCUCCUGUGCAUGAGCUGAGCCGUUUGUACAGAGAAACCCUUGGAUCUAAGAUGAUCCCAGACAUCCACCGUAUUGGUGGCAGCUCUCCGUCUCCUGCUGUCUACGGGGUCCAUCCCCCUCUUCCUGUUUACGCUGCUGAGUCACCAUCUCUCUCUGCUGCUCGCCAAGCUUAUAGCAAUUUCAACAGCUUGUCCCUGGAUCCCCGCCAGCCAGCUGCCACCAGUUCGGUGGUGGACCCAGCUUUUCAGGGAAUGGACGGAGCUUUCCCUCGGGCUUAUGGAGCUGUGGCCUCCCAGAGGCUGCCUUAUGACCCACAUUAUGACCCCAGCUCAGCCAUGGUGGCUGCCACAGCUGGAAUGAACCACAGCCUACCUCAUCAACAUCCCAGUUCUACAGACCCCAAGAGGAUGGUGGACCCUGCCUUCUUGGCUUUUCUGCGAGGUGAAGGCUUGGCUGAGAGCACUAUCACUCUCCUGCUGCAACAUGGCUUUGAUUCCACUGGCAUGUUGGGAAUGAUGGAGGACCAUGAUGUCCGCUCUGUGGCCCCUAACUUGGCCCAGGCCCGUGUUCUGUCCCGUGUGGCGCUCGGUUGCAAGGCUGGCAGUAUGGCUACGCGUGCCCGAUCCAACAGCUUCAGCAAUCGCAACGACAUCUACAUGCAGCCCCAGGGUUUGACCAUGGACUCCAGCCUGAUGCAGCAACCUCCCACCACCAUGCAGAACGUAUCCCCGAGGAUGGGAGAGUUUCUUGGUAGAAGACCAAGCAGUGCACCUUCCCAACACCUCCUGGAGACCACAAGCUACCCAUCAUCACGGCCCCUGACAACUGGAGCUUUCCCAAUAGGCCCUGGAGGAUAUAGCAGCGCUGUGACUCAGGGAAGACCCUUCUCCAUGUACAAUGCCCACACCGGUCUUGCCAUGUCUGCUCUUGGACAGCAGCCUCCACCAGCUCCGGGCACUCCUGGAGCGGCACCCAAAACCUUCUCUGGCUCCUAUUCCCCCAUGGAGCUGAUGAAGAGAGCACCCAACCUUCCCCCACCAUCACCAGUAGCGAUGCCAAGCCCACUUCACAGCCCCCAACUUCUUCGGAAAGGGAUCAAUGCUGCCCCCGAGGGUACCAAUGUUCCUGUAACUUCUUCCUCAAGUCUCCAAGUGCAAAACCUUAACAACAGCAAGAUGGUAGGACGUCGCACUGGUCCACCUGUCAUAGUCUCAACCAUGGUCACGGCACCUGACACAAGUAUUCGGCCCCAAAUCAUGAACGGGCCAAUGCAUCCGCGCCCCUUGGUGGCGCUGCUGGACGGGCGCGACUGCACCGUGGAGAUGCCCAUCCUGAAAGACUUGGCGACUGUCGCCUUCUGCGACGCUCAGUCCACGCAGGAGAUACAUGAGAAGGUGCUCAACGAAGCAGUGGGAGCCAUGAUGUACCACACUAUCACCCUCACCAGAGAGGACCUGGAAAAGUUCAAGGCCCUACGCAUCAUCAUACGCAUCGGCAGCGGAUACGACAACAUCGACAUCAAGGCUGCUGGAGAGCUGGGUAUCGCUGUGUGUAACAUUCCCUCGGCAGCUGUGGAGGAGACGGCAGACUCCACCCUGUGCCACAUCCUCAACCUCUACCGGCGAAACACCUGGCUCUACCAGGCUCUCCGGGAGGGCACGCGGGUCCAGAGCGUGGAGCAGAUCCGCGAGGUGGCAUCCGGCGCCGCCCGCAUCCGUGGCGAAACCCUUGGCCUCAUCGGCUUCGGUCGUUCGGGCCAGGCGGUGGCGGUGCGGGCCAAGGUUUUCGGCUUCAACGUCAUCUUCUACGACCCUUACCUGCAGGACGGCCUGGAGCGCUCGCUGGGCGUCCAGCGCGUCUACACCCUGCAGGACCUGCUCUACCAGAGCGACUGCGUCUCCCUGCACUGCAACCUGAACGAACACAACCACCACCUCAUCAACGACUUCACCAUCAAACAGAUGCGUCAGGGUGCGUUCAUGGUCAACACCGCACGGGGAGGCCUGGUGGACGAGAAGGCCCUGGCCCAGGCGUUAAAGGAGGGCAGGAUACGUGGUGCCGCCUUGGACGUUCAUGAGACGGAGCCCUUUACUUUUGCUCAGGGCCCUCUGAAAGACGCUCCCAACCUGAUCUGCACACCACACACAGCCUGGUACAGUGAGCAGGCCUCUCUGGAGAUGAGGGAGGCAGCCGCCACCGAGAUCCGAAGAGCCAUCACCGGCCGUAUCCCUGACAGCCUAAGAAACUGCGUCAACAAGGAGUUCUUUGUCACCACGGCACCAUGGGCAGUUAUGGAUCAACCAGGCGUCCACCCGGAGCUCAACGGCGCUGCAUACAGAUACCCACCGGGCGUAGUUGGAGUGGCUCCAGGUGGCAUGCCAGGUGCGUUAGAGGGCAUGGUGCCAGGUGGGGUGCCCAUCGCUCACACCCUGCCCUCUGGUACACACCCCUCCCAGGCCCCGUCGCCCAACCAGCCCUCCAAACACGGCGAGACCAGAGAGCACCUCACCGAGCAAUAGCAGCAAAGGGAUAAAAAAACGACAACAUCUCAUCCGACGUGUCGACACUCAGAACCAACGAAUCACAAAGCAACCGACCAACUGGGACCAAGAGACAGUGAAACAACACAAGCGGCUGACUGUUGAAUCAGUCAGCAACUGGGAACAAAGGAAGUGUUCCGGGGAAUUUGUACUUUUAAUGUUUUAGUUUCUACUCUCUGUCUCUUUGGGUUCAGUACCGACUUUACUUUUUGAUGAUGAUGAUGUUUUGUUUUUGUUUUUCUUCGGGACAUGCCUAUGAUUGUGGACACAGAGUCGAGUGUUUUUAGCACUCCGGGGUUACCUGAUGAGACUCUGUCCGGCCCCGUACACCUCAGAGCUCAUGGGAAACGUAGGCCCACAUCUCAACACACCAAUGGGCAGCGAAAGAGAGAAAAACUUUGGCAUCAUGUGCUACUGGACCUUAUUGCCCGGCCCCCCCGAUUUCCUCCUGACCCUCCCCACCUCUCCUUCACCCAGCUCCAACCCUCCUUAUGUAACUAAUGUGUGUUGUUUAGCCCCCUCAUUAUGCCUCAGAAGAGAAUUAUUAUUUGUUUUCUUUCAAUCUUCUGUGUGAAUGACUAAAAAUGGAUUACUGACUAUAUAUAUUUAUCAUUCGUCAAACAAAAAAAAAAAAAAUUGCUCAUCAGUUCUAGUAAUCUAGUGUGGGUUUUAACCCUUUCCUGGCAAUAAUACUUAUGACAGCUGUUGCAGUUAUAGGAUUUCACCACUUGAGGGCACUUCUACACAGUGUGGGGGAUUUCUUCUGCACCUGUGACUGUUGACACCAUGAGUUGCUCCAUUAUAUGUUGUGUGAAUAUUUUUUUAAGCUGUAAACACUAAACAAACAUUCACUUUAUACAUUUGAUUGUAGCUGAAUUUUGACAUUAAAUGGAUUUCGAGGGAGCUGCCAGCUAAAGUAUUCAACUUUUCUCUUGAGUUAAGAGUUUGUUGGUAACGUGUCAGUGUGACUGUGAGCUGGGACGAAGGACAUAUUUUUUAGACUCAUAAAAAGUAAGUUUGGUGUGAUGCAUCUGAUUCUUCUGUUGUCAAACAGAUGACGGCUUAUAAAACCCGAUAUCAACUUAGUGGCGGCAGCACACAGAUUGUGACCCCCCCUCCCUCCCUCUCUUCUUUGAGCACAUUUCACACUGAAGACAGGAAAGGGUUAAAGCAAACUUACUUUCAUUAAUGACUCAGGAAAACACUUUUUUGCAGAUUUUGUUUAUUCCCAGAAUUCUGUCUGAGGAAAAAAAAAAAAAAAAGAUAAGACUAACCUGGUUAGUCUGGAUAUUUUCUCUCCUCCCUCAUCCUCUCCAUUGUGGUAUUUUUAUAUACAAGGCGCAUCCCACGUUUUUGGUGUUAAAGAGUUUUGAAGAGUCCUGUUAGAUUUGUAUUGCCUAGUUAAAUGUUCCUAUAACCAUAGUCCUAUGUGAUCCACCCUUUCUCUUCUCUCCUUAUAUUUUCUUUGUUCUAUUGAAGGCCAGGUUCUUUGGGGGCAUCCUGUACUCUGUAAGAGCAAUAGCAGAAAACUCCUUAGUGUCCCAACAAUAGCAGAAGAGGCAGCCAGCAGUAUGUUUUUGUUUUUAGUGUGAGUAUUUGUAUUUGUUUCUUGUACAAGGUGAACAUUUAGCAUUCAGUGCAGUUCAAAUAAAAGAUACGAUUCUGAGAACCAGCCGUCUGUACCAGCAUGAUUUUUAACACCUUUUUUUUGUUUGUUUUGUAUGUUUUAUUAACAGAGCAGCUCCUGGUGAGAUACAGUCUUUCAAUGUAAUCGUACAUGAUCUGUGUCAUCCGUGUAGUUUUAUCUUUUGUCACAGGGAGGCGCCAAAGUAUAAACAAGUCCUGAUAACAGAAAGUAAAAUGCAGCAAAUUCCAUAUCACCUUUCAUCUGAUGCUAUUGAAUAUUAACUUUAAGUAACAACGGAGAGAAAUUCUGUGUUGAGGUUGUGAGUCACUGGAUGCUUCCAUGAGGGUGACUGCAUUAAUACAAAUGUGUGAUUUCCUCCAAAAACACUUUUCUAACAGGCUUUCAGUUUCGCUCUUCAGAGGGGUUUAUCCUGCAGUAUUUUGGAUUACAGGCAAAUCAAAAUUUAAAAAAAGAUUCCCAUUUACAAUUAGCCAGUGUGUUAUUAAACAUAGUAAUUUCGGCUAAGGCAAGGGGAAAAAAAACAUUCAUUCUAAAGUCAAAUCCAAACGGCACACGAAUGAGAAAUGUGAAAACAAAUGCAAAUGGCAACAAAGGGGACACAAGUGAGUCAAAUUUAAUAUUGUUGCACUCUAUAGAAAGAGGCAGAGUGUUUGGUUUCUUUUUUUUCCCCACCAGCAUCACCACCACCCAUUCUAAUAGGACAUCGAGCUACUAAAUCACACGUAAAAAUGUCAGUAAACUUGUACGUCCUUUUCCCCCGCCCCUCACAGAAUGUAGGUAUCAUCUGUGCAAAAAUAAAAUACUUCAAGACUGAACAGAGCAAACGGAACACAGAUUAAACCGGGGGGGGGGAAGAACAAA